AUGGAAGCAGAACCAGCUUGGCCGAUACAGGAACCGCCCCUUCAUUCCCGCUGCGUUCUGUUCGACGAGCUGGCCGUGCCCCCCAAGCUACGCCUGCUCAUCGUCGCCACCGGCCCACGCGACACCUCGUGGGCGCAUGCCCUCAUUGUCCGCUUGUCCAAGAACCCCGAUAUCGAAAUGCGCGCCAUUGUCGACGAUGUUGUGCCCAGAAUGACCCAGACCAUCAUGGCUAUGCAAAAUAUGAGCUUCGCUGUUGGCCGGCCGGACCGACAGGACGACGUCGAAUUCUUUCGACAUCAGGCAUUCGACCUCGUCGAGUGGGCUCAUGUUCUCGUCUGCUUGCCACUGGAUGCUGAUGGCAUUGCCAAGAUGCUCGCAGGCAUUUCGGAUACUCUGAUCGGCGAUGUAUUGAGAAGUUGGAACUCUCAAAAGAGCAUCGUUCUGGUGCCAGGCAUGAGCAAGCCCAUGUGGUCCAGUACCACCACCAAGCAGCAUCUCAACAAACUUCGCCAGUCUGGCAAAUUGGUGCAGAUCAUGGAACCUAUACUAUGGCACUACGAAAAGGGCUCUAAUACAAGACGAGUGCCAAGCUGGAACUCCUUCCACCAGGUGCUCCAUAUCAUACAAAGCCGUGCAACUCUGAUGGGUCUCGGCCGUGAUAUCAGCAUCAUAACGCCAAGCAUAUCGAUGCGCUUCAAAGAAGGAGCGCAGUGUCCGCAGCUGCCACCCGAAAUUUGGAGCCUGAUCCUGGAACAUGCCAACGAUUGGGAGUUGGCGGAGGCGCUCGGCAUUUACACCUCACUGCCGAUACCGCCGAUCUGGACACUUUCUCCCAAGGAUGAGCUAGUUCAUCUUAGAGUCUACGACCACGAGCUCGAAAAGACUGCUUUGACUGGUACCAGCUCAGAAAUAUGCAAGAAGCUGUCCCAAGCGCCAAGCGAAUACAGUCACCUAUCAGCCCUAUUUAUCAAAAUGCUCUUUCGAUUCAGGCACGUAGCAGUGCUCGAGUAUAUUGAGUCCAAUAGACCCGAGCUGUUCGUAGCCCUCGAGGGAACUACCAUCCCCACGAAAGUCUCAUCGUUCUUCCCGAGUACCAAGCUGCUCCAGUAUUGGAAACACAGCCAGUGGUUUGCCGACAGACAUGUGUAUGAUGCCGAAGCUGUCGAUGGAGCCUCGAGAUAUGGUCAUGUGGAAAUACUGGACUGGUGGUGGCGACAGUCUGGGAUGCCCCUGCGGUACACCGAAACCUCGCUGGAGCAGGCCAGCGCCAACGGACACAUUGCCGUUCUCGAGUGGUGGCAAGAUGCGGCCUUGCAGGACGACGACGUGGUAUUACGGCCUGGCCGGGCUCUUCUAUGGGCCGCGCAGCUUGGGCGGGCAGACGUGCUGCGAUGGUGGCAUUCGUCCAAGAUAGCCGUUGCCUACGAGAACGACGUGGUCAGCACGGCCUGCCAAAAUGGACACGUUGGGGUGCUCGAGGUCUGGCGCAUGGCCAAGGGGGAUGGGAAGAUCUACGUGGAUGAUGUGGACGUCAUCUCGGCAACGUCAUACUGCCACGAGGCGGUCCUUGAUUGGCUAUACUCGUUUUCCAACGCUCUGCUGCCGGGGAUGAACGGUUGCGGCCGGCCAAUUGAAUUUCGCGUGUGUGACAUUCAGGCGAGCCUGCAUCGAAACUCGAGAGAGCAGAGGAAAGUCAGAGCAUGGUGGGCCAAACACGGCAUACGACCUGCCGCCACGGCAAAUGAACGAUCGAGAGAUAUUGCGCGGCUUUGA